CGCCCCCCCCAGUUCGGUUCCCUUCCAGCCUCCCUCCCGCCACGAUCGCGAGCCCCGCGCCUGGCAGGCAGAACCGGAGCCAGAAGGGAGGAGGGUUCGAGCGGAGAAACACCUGGCUGGGGCUGGGUGGUGUCUGCAGUGCCGUAAAGGGCGGCGGCGGCGGCGGCGGCAGCGGCGGCGGCAGCAGCUGAGACCACGGCUGCUCGGGACCUGAGGGCCGACCGAGAGCCACCGGCGGCGGCGGCGGCAGCUCCAGCGCCUCGCGCCGGGGCCGUUACUCAGCAGAACGCGAGCCCGGGGGGAGGCGCAGGGCCGGCGCGAGGAGGCGAGAGGGGAGCGCGAGUGGGCCCUCUCGGGCGCUGCCGCCUUUCUCCGUCCCGUCGCCCGCACCGCAGCCCGCGUCCCUUCCCCUUCGGCUCGGCCGGUCCCGCCCGCAGGCCAGGGGAGUCCGGCAGCGGCGGCGGCGGCGGCAUCGCGGAGCGCGCCCGGAGGAGGACGACAGCGCGGCGGCGGAGGUUCUCUCCCAGCCCUUUCCGCCCGGCACCGUGACUGCGGCCCCGCCGGUGCAGAAGAUGAAUAAUCUUUCAUUUAGUGAGCUAUGUUGCCUCUUCUGCUGUCCACCUUGUCCAGGGAAAAUUGCUUCAAAAUUAGCAUUUUUGCCACCUGAUCCAACUUACACACUAAUGUGUGAUGAAAGUGGAAGCCACUGGACCUUACACCUAUCAGAACGAGCUGACUGGCAGUACUCUUCUAGAGAAAAAGAUGCUAUGGAGUGUUUCAUGACUAGAACCAGUAAAGGCAACAGAAUUGCCUGCAUGUUUGUGCGUUGCUCACCCACUGCCAAAUACACCUUACUCUUCUCACAUGGAAAUGCUGUUGAUCUUGGUCAGAUGAGCAGCUUUUACAUAGGAUUGGGAUCACGGAUUAACUGUAAUAUAUUCUCAUAUGAUUAUUCUGGAUAUGGUGCAAGUUCUGGGAAACCAUCGGAGAAGAACCUCUAUGCAGACAUAGAAGCUGCUUGGCUUGCUCUUAGGACAAGAUAUGGCAUUCGCCCUGAAAAUGUGAUUAUAUAUGGCCAAAGUAUAGGGACAGUACCAUCUGUGGAUCUUGCUGCUCGGUACGAGAGUGCUGCUGUUAUUCUUCAUUCUCCUUUGACCUCAGGAAUGCGAGUUGCUUUUCCUGAUACCAAGAAAACCUACUGUUUCGAUGCAUUCCCAAAUAUUGACAAAAUCUCUAAAAUAACCUCUCCAGUAUUAAUAAUUCAUGGGACUGAAGAUGAAGUCAUUGACUUUUCACAUGGCCUCGCAUUGUUUGAGCGUUGCCAAAGACCUGUGGAGCCUCUGUGGGUUGAAGGGGCAGGUCACAAUGAUGUGGAACUUUAUGGACAGUACCUUGAAAGGUUGAAACAGUUUGUGUCACAGGAAUUGGUAAAUUUGUAAAAUAUUCUGUAAAUUUGCAUACCGGGUUUUCUUUUGCUGAACUGCACUCUUUGGUAAAGAACAUAAAACCUGAAGGUUUUGUUUGCAAAUCAUGUCAGUUGCCUUCAUAAAUGUACAGGUAAUGAUUUGUUAACAGACUUAAUGAAGGUUUUAAUUACCAGAACUAUAACUGGAAAUAACAGUAUCAUGCAGUCAGGCUGUGUAAUUUAUAUUUUUUUCUGUGAAUUUUUUUUAACAUCGAGAUAUAAGUACUGUAUGAAAUUUUAAUUCUAUGAAAUCAAAUGCUGUAAAAGUAUUGCCAAAUGCUUUUGCAUAUGAGAAACAAAUUUAUAAAUAUUUUUAAAACAUCUCAAUGUACCAAAUCGUAUCCUGGUAUACAAAUGUAAUAUUCUUUCAAUGAAAAGCUGUGUAUCUGAAACAAUUCAAGUACUAAAAAACACACAAAUUCACUAGAGAUUACCUAAACCCUGUUGUACCGGAAUAGAGGUGUAAACAGUUAUGCUAUUGUAAAGUACAUUGGAUUUUCUGUAUUCCCUGGUUAUUAUACAUUUUCUCCUCUAAAAAAUAAAAAAAAAAUAAUGAUUUAAGUCUUAA